AUGGCUGAAUUCUUCGAGUUUGAUGAAUCAGAAAUCGUUUUCUCCGACAAUUUCUCCUCCUUGGAUGAUGAUCAGAGUACUUUCCAUGAGUCCGAUUCAAACUCAAGAUCAUUCAUUCGUCGCAACAAGAUCUUCUACUGGAAAAAAGAAUCCUGCUCUGUUCUUGUCAAUAUUCCUGCAUCUAAUUUUAAAUCUUCAUCUCCUUCUUCUUCUUUUCGUUACGAUGAUAAAAUCGAUUUCGGUGCGCAAUUUUCUGAUAAUAAUGAGAUUGUUCCUCCUCAUGUGAUUGUUGAUCGAAGAUCUAGGGAUUUGAAUACUUACGAGAGGAAAUCGAGUAGAAAUCGUGGCAAGAAAUUGAUCUAUGUUCGGAAUUCUGUUCUGGAAUUGACUGGAUUUCUUGAAUCUUGA